AUGUUCCUCCCAGCCAUCCACGCCGAACACGACCUCCCCACCCUCCACGCCUUCAUCCGCGCCAACCCCCUCGGCCUCCUCACCACAGCCAUCCACUCGCCGACGCAAGCCUUCCCCGUCCUCCAGGCCAGCCACCUCCCGUUCGUCCUCGACGUUCCCGAUGACUCAUCGUCCUCCCCCUCCGACAAGCCCCUGGGCAUACUGCGCGCCCACAUGGCGCGAGCGAACCCACAAGUCAAAGCCAUGACAGAGACAAUGCAGCCUGCUGGCGGACAGCCGCAGGUGCUGGAGCAGGACGUGCUGAUCCUCUUCAACGGGCCAUCGCAGCACUACGUCACGCCGAAGUUCUACACGGCGACGAAGCCAACAACUGGCAAGGUGGUGCCGACGUGGAACUACAGCGCAGUGCAAGUCUACGGCAAGCUCAAGCUAUACCUCGACGCCAAGAGCGACGUGACGCAGGCGUUUCUGGACACGCAGAUGGCGGAUCUGUCGCGCAUGUGCGAGACGAGCAUCAUGGGGUUCGCGCGGCCUUGGGAGGUGGAUGAUGCGCCGGAGGCGUUUGUUAACAUGAAGAAAAAGGCCAUUGUGGGUAUUGAGGUGGAGAUUACGAGCGUGGCGGGGAAGUGGAAGAUGAGCCAGGAGAUGGGCGAAGGGGAUCGGAAGGGUGUUGCUGAGGGGUUUGAAGGGAUCGGAAAUGAGGGAAUGGCGGCCGUUGUGCGGGAGAGGGAGGAUUUGAUGCUUAGGAAGAAGAUGGCAGCUGCUUCGUAG